AUGUCAAAGGCCAUCGAACUAGACGAUGAUGGAUUCAUCAAAGUAGAAAACAAAUUCAAUUAUAAAAGCUUCGACGUAAAAAGUAAAAGCAAACAACGACGGAAGGGGAAGAAGAAAUACUUUUUCAAAGAUUGCAACGAUUGGGACCUGAACGAUCUGAAAACGACAUUGGCGCAGCGAAAGGAAGCUCUGUUGGAAAGUCGUUUCUAUAGUGACUUGAUGGAGAUUUUAAACCAAAGCUUGCUUCCAAGGGAACCCCAAGAUAUUGUAUGCUACGGUAUUGGUUCCAUGCAAAAAUCCAAAAAUGCACAAUAUCAAUUUAUUCUCGCUCUCGUUAUACGAGAUCUGCUCAAGAUUCCAGGUCGCAUGUCGAUCUAUGAUCCAGUCAUGACGGAGCUGGACAAAGAAAUAUGCCAAUUCCAUGAUAUUGAUGUUAUCGCCAUCAACGAGGACGGUAAACGAUCUGUGACCAAGCCAACGUUGUUUUAUAUGCCUCACUGCGGACGUGGACUCUAUAGCAACACAUUAAGCUCCAACUGGAACCCGACGCAAUUGACUCAUACGACAAUUCUAGGAAAUCGAUUUGAUAUGUAUGUGGGGUCACAACUGGAUAAGGAUCUGAAACGAGAAUGUCCGUACCUUAUUCCUGCGGUUAAAAUCGUCGAAGCCGUUCCAUUUCCGCCGAAAUUUGAUAAUAACCAAAUCUUCAACGACCUUUCGAUUCAGUGGUUCCCGCAGGACAAAAUGUCGGCCGUAGAAAAGACAUUUUGGGACGUCAUUUCCACCGAAGAUCUCGCUCCAAUGGAUGCCGAUACACUCCGUUCCUAG